GGCAUUGUGGGAGGCCGGUAAACGGGUCGCCGGGGGAAGAAGAUGGCGGCGCAGGGAAGGGGCCGGGUGAGCGGUGGCGGCUGCCGUAAGGAGGACCGGGGGUCGGGCCGUCCAGAGUCGGAGCUGCUGCUGCACCCAGAGCUGCUCUCGGAGGAGUUCCUGUUGCUCACCCUGGAGCAGAAAAAUAUACUAGUUGAGAAGGAUGUAAAGAUGGACAAAGAUGGUCUCACUGAUCUCUAUAUUCAACAUGCCAUUCCCCUUCCUCAGCGUGACUUACCAAAGAGUAGAUGGGGGAAAAUGAUGGAAAAGAAAAGACAGCAAAAUGAAUUUAACAGUAAUAAUAAAAGUGUUACAACGGUGGAAGGUUUAAGGAAACGACCAUUAAUUGUAUUUGAUGGCAAUUCAACAAGUACAAGCAUAAAGGUGAAGAAGACAGAGAAUGGAGCUGCUGAUCGCCUAAAACCUCCUCCAGCUGGAAGCGCCACCAACACUGUUAGAAGAUUAUCAGUUCCUUCAAAUGCCUCAACAUACAUUUCAGCCUCCAGUUUAUCAGAGGACGCUAAGUUGGGAAUGGGGAGCAAUGAGGCUAAGCAGAACAAUAUUUCAAAGACUAACAGCAGUGUGUUGGCUAGUCUGAAGGUGUACCCUUUGUCUCCAGUAGCAGGAACUACUGUUGUGAAAUUAAAGAGAGCUGUUCCAAAAGAAGAAUCUGAUUUGCCGAAUGACCUAAAGCCUACGGAAGCAAAGAAGAAAAUCCAGCAUGUUACAUGGCCAUGAAACAGCUAAUGGUGCUUGAAACAUAAAUGUUACUUCCAUAUUUUCAAUCAGAUAAGUCAUAUUUAAACAGUUUAAGUACACUUCUUUUUAAACCUUACAGGGAUUCAGAUUGCUGUGAAGUUUUAACAAGUUUAAAAGAUCCCUGUUGUAAAGCUGGAGUCAUUAUCACCAGUCACCUUAAGAGUGUCUACUCAUGUACACCAGAUAAUUCAUUACUUCUUUAAAAGGUGGUAAUAUUACAAUAUAGUAAACCCCCCUCUUAGUUUUCAAGAUUAUUAUAGUUCAUCUACUGCAUGUCACUAUGAUUCACACAUAUAAAUAUUUUUUUUUGUUUCAGUAAGAAUCAGUUGUGUUUCACUUCUGGUUAAAUAGUUAAAAUAGCUAUUGCGAUUCAGAGUGAUUCCAAGAGAUUUUUUGGUUUUAAAAAGAUAAUUAAUUUAGAUAAGAAAACUGACCAUUCUGCUGAUAAGAUAGUCUGAGACAAAAUCUUUUCCUUUUUGUUGCACAGGAGUGUAGAAUUUACAGUGCAAGUUAGGUUGGUGAUAAGAGGUGAACUAUUUUAACAGCGUUACUUCAAAUUGAAGUUUCUCUUACUGACAUGUGAAAUAUGAAAUGUGCAGAUGGAAGUAUGCCAUUAGACUGUUUGAUAUAAAUCUUUGAGAGGAAGUAGUGAAUGGAUUAGUGCCAUGUUCUCUUAGAUACAUAGGCAUAUUUUAUACAUGCAUAAGUGUAAAAAUGUGCUGAUGUAGCAAAUUUACUUGUUUUCCUGGUUAGUUAUGUUUAUAGAAUAUGGGGAAAACCUGUGGAAUGCAGGCCAGUGCUUUCUGAGGUAACUAUUGGAAAGGGACAGGGACAUGAAGACAAAGAAGUACCUUAAGAGCAUUAGUGUAUGUAGUUAAAAAAAAAAAAAAAAAAAAAAACAAAAACC